CGGAAACACACCAUGGAAGCCUCCAGUUAGCUUAGCUUGGCCUUGCCUCACCGAUUUAUGUUUAUUAAAAAAAAAUAAGGGUUAAACAUUAAACAGUGUUUUAAUUAUGUUAUAAUCAGAGCGCGCUCAGUUAUACUUACUAUAGUUCAUUCUUCAUGAUUGAAGUCGGGAUAUUUGAGCGUUAAACAGCUUAUCAGGAGAUCAUGGAGAAAGAUGUUAAAGCAGGCAUCACGUCUGCUGUAUCUGCUGCAGCAUCAGUCGGGCCGAUGGUCUCGCAGAGCAGAUCAGAGAAUGAGGAGACCAACGCAGUGAAGAGAACAGCUGGCCAGGCCUUCAGCGGAGCCGGACUGAUUCCCAAACGCAGAAGCUCCUCCAGAUCCAUAAAGAGAAAGAAGUUUGAUGACGAGCUGGUUGAGAGCAGUCUGGCUAAAUCUACCAGUCGUUUCAAAGGUCAGCCAGUCAUUGAGCCAAUCAGAUGUCCUGUGGGUGACUUCACGUCCAGUGACAAGAAGAAGGGCUUAAAGUCUGGCAGCUCUUUUUCUCCUCAUCUCUCUAUGGUGAUCACACCUUCAUCAAUGUCCAAACGAAUAAAGAAGAACAAACAGCCGUUGCAGAUCACAAAAGACCUGGGCCGUUGGAAACCCACUGAUGACCUGCUGCUUAUAAACGCUGUAUUGCAGACCACAGAUCUGACGUCAGUUCAUCUGGGAGUGAAAUUCAGCUGUCGUUUCACAUUGCGAGAGAUUCAGGAGCGCUGGUACGCUCUGCUGUAUGACCCUAUCAUUUCAAAGUUGGCAUGGCAGGCAAUGAGACUGCUGCAUCCAGAGGCCAUCGCUGCUAUUCAGAGUAAAGCUCUGUUUAGUCAGGCAGAGGAAGCCCUGCUUGCCAAGAUCACCUCUAGCAGUCAGCCUAAGCUGGAGGUUUUUCAGGAUCUUCUGAACAAACACUUGAGUGUGUUUUACCCAUCACGCACUGCUAAGAGUCUGCUGGUGCACUGGCAGCUACUCAAGCAGUAUUAUUUACUGGAGGAUCAGAGCGUUCAACCUCUGCCGAAAGGAGAACAGGUGCUAAACUUCUCUGAUGCUGAGCAGGUCAUUGAUGAAGCCAAACUGAAGGACAGCAGAGAUGAGGUGCUGGAGCACGAGCUGAUGAUCUCAGACAGACAUCAGAAGCGUGAGAUCAGACAGCUGGAGCAGGAACUUCCUCGCUGGCAGGUGCUAGUGGACAGUAUUACAGGCAUGAAUUCACCGGACUUUGAUAAUCAGACACUGGCAGCUUUACGUGGACGGAUGGUCAGAUAUCUGAUGCGCUCUCGAGAGAUCACACUUGGUCGUGCUACUAAAGACAAGCAGAUAGAUGUGGACCUGUCUUUAGAGGGACCUGCAUGGAAGAUCUCUAGAAAACAAGGGAUCAUUAAACUGAGGAAUAAUGGAGAUUUCUUCAUUGCUAAUGAAGGCCGGAGACCCAUUUACAUUGAUGGACGACCAGUUUUGUCUGGAAACAAAUGGAAACUGAAUAACAACUCUGUGAUGGAGAUUGCAGGUCUUCGCUUUGUGUUCCUCAUCAAUCAGGAGUUGAUCUCUCUCAUAAAGGCUGAAGCUGCCAAGAUGAUCCAGCCGUAAUACUGAACUCACCUGAUCAUUUGACAAACACGAUGACAGUGCUGUCCAUCUUUAUAUCUGUGUAGAUGAAUAUACAGAAGAGGAAUGUGAAACCUGCAUUAACAGCUGAGAUUGGAUCUGACUAAAGCUUUGUAGUUCAAAUGAGAGAAAAGUGAAAUUUGGAGGUGAAUGGACAUAUUUAAUAUGCCUGUUUCAUAUGAGGUAUAUUGGACAAAGAACUGUAUGUCACUGCUUGUUUGUGGUAGAAUUAGUGUCUUUUUUCACUUCAUCUUUUGCCAGCUUUUACAUUUUGUUGAAUUAAAACUUGCUAACCUAGUAUUCUGUAAACAAAUACAAUGUGUUAAUAUUCUGUGGGGGCAACAAUUAAUAUGUCUAAUGUAAGAUUUAUUAAAUAAAACAGAG